AUGAACUAUUUACUGUCUUCAUUUUAGAUAUGAUGGAAGUGAAAGAGGAGAGUCAAGCUGAAGUGGAUGAGAAACAUCAGAUUGUAAAAAUAAACCAUAAUGUUUCACAGAAAGAAACUCUGAAGACAGAAGACAUAAAGUGUGAAAAUAGUUUCAGUGAAGAUGAACGCCCUGCAGAUCACAAGAGGACUCACAGUGAGGAGAAACCUUUCACAUGUCAACAGUGUGGAAAGAGUUUCAGAACAAAAGUUAACCUUAACGUACACAUGAGGACUCACACCGGAGAGAAACCAUUCACAUGCCAUCAGUGUGAAAAGAGUUUUACAACUGCAUCUAACCUUAAGAAACAUUUGAGAAUUCACACUGGAGAGAAACCUUACACUUGUCAUCUGUGUGGAAAGAGUUUCACCUUUCAAACGAGCCUUAAACGCCACAUAAAAGCUCACAGUGGGGAAAAGCCACACGCAUGCCAUCACUGUGACAAGAGGUUCCCAGAUAAAAGUAAACUUAAGAUACACAUUAGAGUUCACACUGGAGAGCAACCUUACACUUGUCAUCUGUGUGGAAAGAGUUUCAGAACAAAACCUAAGCUUAAAGUACACAUGAGGAUUCACACCGGAGAGAAACCAUUUGUGUGCCAUCAUUGUGAAAAGAGUUUUAUAACUGCAUAUGAACUUAAGAUACACAUGAUGACUCACACUGGAGAUAAACCUUACACUUGUCAACAGUGUGGAAAGAGUUUCUCUGUUGAAAGAGACCUUAAGAUUCAUGCAAGAAUUCACACUGGAGAGAAACCUUACACAUGCCAUGAGUGUGAAAAAUGUUUCAGAAGUAAGAGUAGCCUUAUAACACACAUGAAAAUCCACAAAAGAGAGAAACCAUAUGCAUGUUUUCACUGUGGAAAGUGUUUUAGUAUGGAGUGUCAACUUAAGAGACACAUGAUGAUUCACAGUGAAAAGAAACCUCAUGCAUGUCUUCAGUGUGAAAAGAGUUUUAUAGUAAAACGUAGACUUGAGGCUCACAUGAGAACUCACACUGGAGAGAAACCUUACAUAUGUCUUCAGUGUGAUAGGAGUUAUACAAGUGAAGGUAAUCUUAAGACACACAUGACAGUGUGUGAUUCACACCAGAGAUAAACCAUUCACUUGUCA